GGGGGAAUAAUGGAUGGUGUCAUCUGUGGGUCACCAGACACAUGGAAGGGAAAGGACCUCCUUAAAAUCCCUCAUGAGUUGUACCAGCCCUGCCCGCUUCCUUCUCCAGAUCUGGUGUCCGCACAGGCUCAGCAGCCCGGCUCUGCCCACGAGGCAAUCCCAAGGCCUCUGGAGACCCACAGCUUGGGAGAGCGACACUCCUUGGAAUGUGAGCUCAAACCCAAGCCGAGGCCAGCCAACCUGCGUCAUGCCAUUGCCACCAUCAUCAUCACUGGGGUUGUGUGUGGCAUCGUGUGUCUCAUGAUGUUGGCGGCAGUCAUCUAUGGCUGCACCUAUGCGGCUAUUACAGCCCAAAACCAUGGGGGAGCCUUGGCUCAAACCAAUGAGCCUGGGAAGAUGGAAGGAAAAGAGCUAAUUGACAGCUCACCAGCCUGAGAGAUUUUGUCUCAGUAGGAUUGAUCACUGGAGGUCAGAAGAAAGUGUCUGAGUAGGGCUCAUGUGUUCACUGUCACUGUUUCAUUUUGCUUUUGCCAAAAGA